GGUUGGUCUGCUGGAGCGGUGGAUGUGGUGUGUGAGCCGGUGCUCGGUCCUGUCGCUGGCCGCCUCCCCGCCCUCAUGCAGCGGAUCAGCGGCCUCGCUGUUCGCCCGGAGCUCCGCGGCUUCGCUGCCUCCGGAGUCCGGAGCGGAAGCCGCGGCUCGAUCUGCUGCAGGCAGCCGGCUGUGGAUCUACACCGGAGGGGACAGGGGAGCGCUCUGUGUGCCCGGCCUUCUAUCGCAGCAUCCGGACAGAUAAGCUCCAGGCGGAGCGUCCUGUUUGCCGGAGAGAAAUGCAGACUGUUCAGCUCCCAGGCUGGAGCCGAGGGGCCGCCGGGGGGCCCAGGCCCCGGGCCCCACAUCUCUGUGGUCGGCAUCCCAGACCCGCUCACCUGGAUCCGCUGCAAAAUCAUAACGCUGCUGAUCGAUCUUUACUUUGAGGUGGACAUAAACUCUGCAGACUUUCAGAAAGGAGUGAAGCAGGCGUUGGUUCAGGUUUCCAGUAAGAUGUCCAGCGGCAGAUACCAUGAACUGAAAGGGCUUGUGAGCGAUGAGAUGAGGGAAUAUGUGGAGGAGAAGUGCAAACCUCUCACUAAGGCUCAGAGGAAGCAGCUUGCUGUCAACAUGGAGGACAUCAUAUUUUUGCUCCCGGAGGACAUCUCGGUGGUCUUUGAUGAGCAUGGGAGGAAGUUCUGUUUUGUCGUCAUGAGGUUUUGGCUCGUGUCGUCGCACGAGGGUCCUGACGACCCAGAGGGCACCAAAAUCUUCAAGGUGGCCUCAAGCGAAGACGGGAAUCCCCACAAGAAACUGGCAACUGCUGUUUAUGAGUGAGUUCUGGGCUCCCCAAGCAAGAGCAAUCGCCGUCACCACAUUUAGUUACUUUGAUGUUA